AUGGCCUUCCCGCUUGCGGCUCCUCGUCUCAAAACACCGGACCAUGUAAUAGAAAAGCUGAAGGUGGCGAUUGCCGCCGACGACAUGGUUACUUUCGAGGAGCUCCUUGCCGCGCCGCAGACCCACGCCAAAGAGCUGUCUUGCAUCAUGAAGGAAGCCUUGGCGCGAGACCAUGCCGGCGCCGCAUCCAAGCUAAUACACCACGGCAGGAACGUGGGUUAUCUUGACGGUCAGGCCGCCAUCGCCGCCCGCGCUAAAAACUGUCUCACCGCGUUCCUGGACUCGGGCUGGAACCUCAACAAGGCGCUCAGCCACGCCACGCCCUCGGUGCUUAGCCAUGCCGUUGCCGACAGAGAAAUGGUCUUCUGGCUCCUCGAACGUGGCGCCGACCUCAACAAGCCCGCCCACAUCGACAUCACGCCCCUGUCGUUCGCCGUGGAAAAGGCCGCGCCAGACCUCCUCCAAGAGCUGCUGGACCACAGCGGCGACGUAAAAAAAGGCGAAGUGCUGCAGCACGCGCUGGACCGACAGACCGCCGAUGUCGUCACCGUCCUCGGCAUGCUGCUGGACAGGGGCGCGCCGCUGGACGGCGUCAUGUACGAAGACCACGCCGGGUCUUUCCAGCUGAACUUUUUCUUCGAGCGGCACACGCCGCUGUGCAAAGCGGCGGCGAUGGGGAAUGUCGAGGCGGUGCGGCUGUUGCUGGAGCGGGGUGCGGAUCCCGGCGUUCAGAAUUCCAAGGGGAAGACGCCGCUCCAGUGUGCCGAGCGGGCGGGACACAAGGAGGUUGUCGAGGUGUUGGCGAAGUGGCCUCGCACGGGUGAUGUCGGGAAACACCACCUACCAAAGACGCCGCUGCUGAUCGAGCGUCAUGAAGUUCGGCGAUAG